GACUUAGGUCUGACGUCGUCAUCAAAACACCGGACCGGCUCCCCUAUGAUUCACUUCACUCGCAAGCGCCGGAUGCGACUCACAUCCUCUAGCUACUCUCAGGGGCGUUAUCACCUGUGAAGAUUCCUCCCUCCUCUACCGCGAACAAAGUCGUCACGGCACCAACCUCAACAUGUUUUAUCCCUCGGCGGCCAAUAGAAAAUUUGAGUCGAUCAAGAACGUCGUCCUCCAGCGAAUGCGAGACGAGGGAAUUCUUGGCGUAUCUGGCAAUCACAAGGACUACGCGCCCCGGGUGAGGGCGUUCAAUGCAAAGCUUUUUGAGGAUAUUGAACUAUUGAAGGGACUGAAGACCAAGGAGGAGAAAGCAGAGGCCGCGAGAUGGAUCAAAAACUUGAAGUCGAGCGAAACACAAAAUAUCAGGAGAAAGAUUGUCAGGCGAUCUGCCGCUGCCGCGGAGAUGUCUCUUCUAAUCUCCAAAGGCUUCACGAUGCCGACUCCCACUUCUAGAUCUCAGUCUCCAGAUUCUCGCACUACACGCGGCCGUCACAGACAGAAGUCUAGCGUAGUACGCUCCCGGGCUCUAGAAGAACUUCGCGAGGAGGAUGGGCCUGUAAUGCCAGAGAGCGACGAAGGUUCCCACUCAAUGCCUUUCGAUCACUCUCCUUUCACCACCUCCACCCCCACCCAGGACACCAUCUCAAUGCUAACCGCCCACUUCGACUCCAAACUCGCCGCACUAGAGUUCAACUUCGAGACCAAGCUCGCCGAGCUCCAAUCAUCCUUCGACGCCAAGUUCGCCGACGCCAACGCAAGGAUCCACCUUCUCAAUAUGCAAGUGUUAGCGCAGAACAUGGGGAUAUACGACGAUAUGGGGGUCCUGCGCCGAGAUGUGGAGGGUAGGAUGCGCGAGGAGAUGGAGCUUAUUGGGAAUGGAAUCUCGGAGAAUGUGGGAAAUGUGAGGAGUAGGGUCGGACGGGUGGAAGAGGAGACGCGGAGGCUGGAGAGGAUACUGGAGAGGGUGGUACAGGAGUUGAUGGAGAGGGAGGCUGGGGAGGAGGGUGGGUUUGAGAGUGAGUCUGAGACGGACAGUGAGAGUCAUAGCGAUGAGGAGGGUUAG